GAGAGAUACAGUGCACGAUUCAAUACAAUAUAUUUCAAAUCGAUUCGAUAUCAAUAAAAAAAUCAAUAAAAAAUAAAGGAUAAAUCAUGGGAAAACACCCGUUUUACUCAUCAAAACUGUGAAAAUGUUAAAUAUGUCACAUAAAAAAGUUUCCUUCCUCUAAACCAGGGGUGUCCAAACUUUUUUCAUCCAAACCCAGACCAAGCAGAGGCAGAUCGAGGGCCGUAGACUGAUGCUCAAGUACAGGGAAUAAUUUAAAUGUGAGCAUGUUUAACAUGUUAGAAUGAUCAGUCUUUAUUCAUACUAAAUAUUAUAAUAUUAAAUAUUAAAUAUGAGCUUUAUCAAGGUAGAUUUUCAAAAAACUUGCAGUAAAAAAAAUAUUUUUAAUUGAUGCAAGGUAAUUUGGGCAAAUUCACCUGAAAGUCUGAGGGCCAAGAAAAAUUUGUCUGAGGGCCACAUUUGGCCCACGGGCCAUAGUUUGGACAUGUCUGCUCUAAACAAUCAACAAAACUGUAGCCAAAAAUACUCUCGGUGAUAUAUCGAUACAGCAGCUCCCGAUAUCGAUACUGUAUCAUAUCGAUAUUGCAGUAUUUUUGCACCCUCCUAUCUGUUACCUCCUUGUAAACAUACUGUUGUAAUUUAAAAGGCUUUACUCACUUACUUUAGACAAAAAACAAAGCCCAGGAGCAUUUAUACGGCACAUUUUUCUCCAAUGAGGCUGUAGUCUAGAAUAUUUAAAACCCUGAAUCCUCGCUAUCUGUUCUGUGAGUAAGACUAUUUGGUUAAUGGCAGUUUGAGAUUACACUCUCCGCCCUCCGUCGGUUCGAGCACAUUAUUUAUUUAUUUCCGCUCCUUCUGGUUUGUUCGGCCGCUGCUUAAAGAGCCGGCGUGCGCUCGCUCCGUCCACAUUCCCUCAGACGCUCCAGGACUCCGCACGACGCUCAGAAGAACCUGCUCCACUACCACUGCCGCCGAUGUGUUUUUACUCUCCACGGAUUUUACGAUGAAGACCGGUGGAUUCUAAGAGGGUCCUUUUUACCCGGAUCCUAAAUGUUUUCACACAGGAGGAGGCUCUGGACAUUCUGUGAUGCACAAACUAAAAACAAACUCAAAGCUCCAGGAGAAAGAUGGGGAAUAAACAGACCAUUUUCACCGAUGAGCAGCUGGACGCCUACCAGGACUGUACUUUCUUCACCCGCAAAGAAAUCCUCAGGCUCCACGGUCGAUAUCAUGAACUGGCUCCACAUUUGGUUCCGAUGGAUUACACCAACGACCCUGACUGUAAAAUCCCUCCGGCUCUGAUCGUCAACAUGCCCGAGCUCAAGGAAAACCCGUUCCGUACCCGGAUCGUAGAGUCAUUCUCUGAAGACGGCGCGGGGAAUCUGAGCUUUAAUGAGUUUGUGGACAUGUUCUCAGUGCUCAGCGAAAUGGCCCCGAGGGAACUCAAAGCAAUAUACGCCUUCAAAAUAUAUGAUUAUAAUGUGGAUAAUUACCUGUGCAAAGAAGAUCUGGAGAAGGUUCUGAACAAACUGACGAAGGAGGAGCUGACGCCGGAGGAGGUGCAGCUGGUGUGUGAGAAAACCAUCGAGGAGGCCGACCUGGACGGAGACAGUAAACUCUCCUACGCAGACUUUGAGAACAUGAUCUCCAGGGCCCCGGACUUCCUCAGCACUUUCCACAUCAGAAUCUAAAGGGCUCAGUGGAAGAGUGAAGCACCUACCUCCUGUCUGUGCUGGCCACGACACGUCCUCAGUUUGCAGACGGUAAAAAACGACAAUGAUAAUGUUAAAAAAGUAAGGACUCUUAAAAUGAUAAGAACUAUGAAAGAAUCUAUUCAGUGACUUUUUCAAACAGUGGAGCCACAACAUAAAUUCCAAUGCAGAGACAGUUUAUAUAAAUGGACAAAGUGAGCAUGGGUGCACUUCCGAUGUUCUGUCGAAAUGAGCUCCCAGCAGCCUAAAUCGACAUGACGCCUAUCGAUUCGCACCACCCCGUCGAAAUGAGCUACCUUACAAUUUUACAGUUGUAUAGAUCCAAUAAAACCAAAUAAUAAUAAUAAAAAACCCUAAACGAGACCUUCCCAAUUUGACACACAUUUCUUUGGAUUAGAGACGCAGGUUUGAUGCUGUUUUUGCACACGGUGAUCAAACUUUAUACCUUAGUUUUGUCAAAUUUUAACUCAUUUAUAUGAAUCUGCGUAGUUCAUUUGGACCAGGGAUCAUCAAACUAAGGCCCACUGACCGACUUCAAUUUUUAAAAAUGAUUUCUUGUCAAAUAAUAACACGUCUGCAUCUUAUAUUUUGUUGAUUUUUUCAAUAAAAAAUAUGUAUUUAUAUGAAGUAUUUAUAUUUAAAUAAUUAUAUGACAUAUUUACAUUUGCUGCCGAAUUUUCGUCACCUGACAAACUCGAGAUCAAACAGUGACAGAGUUCUGUAGUGCAGUUAAAGACAGCUGAAUGUCUCGUGUUAAAGGACGAAAACGGUGACAGAGAGAGCCGAGUUUUCAAAGAACAGUGAACGACUGAUUAUUUUUUUGUUCAGUGUGAGGACCGUGCUGUCUGAUAUUUAUUUAUGUAUUUAUUUAUUUAACGAGACAGGGACAAUUUACAUUAACAGGAGAGAUGUUUGUACCAGGUUGUAGCACCAGUGUUAAAGAAUCACUGGUCGGAACCAAAUAUGCAGUAACAAAAAGUAUUUAUUAACAAAAUAGUCGUGGACAGGGGGAUUGAUUCCAGGGGAGGUAGGACGGGUCCAGGUUGGCUGAAGUGCAAAGGUGAAGAGGCUGACCAGAGGCUUGCGGAACAGGUGGUAACGGGAUGAGGCUGGCUCCAAAACGGUUGAACUGGGGAACGGACAAAAGUAAACAGGUAAGAGUCAAAAACCUUCCAAAAUGCUCAAAAACACAAAAAGCCUGAGUAGUUCACCACUUGGUUGAUGGAACGAUCUGGCACAGGAAAAGCCAAAUAAGGUGAGAGAAGGGAAGAGGGAGCAGGGAAAGGAGGGGUAGGAGAGGCAGAAAGAAACCCUCACAACCAGUGCUCAUUUCCACCUGUUGUCGUUCCUGGGCAGGUUUAUUGAUUGAUUUUAUUUAAUUGACCUUGACUCUCAACUGUUCUUCCUGGAGAUGUAUGUAGCAUGUUUUGGGUUGUAUAUGUAUAUGUUAAGAAAGUGUGUCAGUUUUCAAAAAAUAUAAUCUGCGUCGUCAGGGUCAUACAAUUCUGUUAUACGGCCGACCCGACCUCGACCCCCAUCACGGUCAGGGGCAGUAAUGUGGCCCCCAGAGAAAAAAGUUUGGUGACUCCUGAUUUGGACAGUCAUAUUCUGCUCAAAUAGGCUCCAACUAAGGCAAGGCAAGGCAAGUUUAUUUGUAUAGCACAAUUCGUACACAAAGUAAUUCAAAGUGCUUUACAGAAUAAGAAAUACAUUAAAAUCAUAAUAAAAACAAAUCAAAACAUAAACAAUCAUGAAGAUUAAAAUUAAAAAAGAGAGACAUAAAUUGGAGAGAAGAGUGCGGAAUGAAAACCUUUCAGUUAUAUGCACAGUUAAACAGAAAUGUUUUGAGUCUGGAUUUAAACAGCGUCACAGAAGAGUCUGUCUCACAUGUUCAGACUGUUCCAGGUUUUAGCUGCAUGAACCUGAAACUCUGACUCCCCUUGUUUAGUCGUGACU